UCGUCCCCGCGUUCCCCGGGGGCGAACCCCGAAUAAGCGAUCCCGGGAGGGGCGGCCCCAGCCCCGCUGUGCAGGCACCAGUCGGACAGCCUCCCGAGGCCCCCGAGCGUGGUGGUUGCCAUGGAGACGGACGGCGCAUCCCGUAAGAACAGACAGACUAAACAAAUGGAAAAAAUCACUCAUCUGGAAGCUCUGAUGUUUAGUGCUGUGCUGGAGAACUGUGUGGAUCAACUUGCAAUUAUUGGAUAUAUCAUGCCAGUCCCACACGAUGACAAGACAGACAUCAACCGUGAAAUGAAAGAAAUGGUCCAGAAGGAACUGGAUAAUAAACCCUCAGAGCUUAUGUCAGGAAAGCAAGAGAGUGGGGAAACAGCUACCUCCACAACCCUGAAAAACACCGAACACAAGCAGCAGCAGGAGGAAACUGAAGAUCAAAAAAGCACUCGCCAUUCUUCCAAAAGGCCCAAGAAACACACCACUCGGGCUGCACAGAGGCUCAAAAAAGUUUAUGCUGACAGGCAGUAUGCAAGUAAUGUAAUUACACUCACUAUUAAAAAGAUGGAGGAAUUUGGAACAUUUAGUAGCCUAACAGAUGCUAAUGAGAGAGAGAAGGCAAAAAAGAACAAGUUUUUUGACAUCCUUAUCAGGGAGGAAAAGGGAAAGAAGGAGAUAAAGGCACUCCAGAAACAGCUGCAAGAUGUCAAGAAACAAACUGAUAAUGACCUUCAGAACCGAGACAAGGUUAUUGAUCACCUCAAGGAUAAGCUUCAAGAGAUGACGGCCAAAUUGAACACAGAGAGUAACUACAUGAAGAAAAACAUGGAUCUCCAGAUCCAACUGACCCAGAAAAAGUGCAGCAGUGCAGAGGAUGCCCUGGAGAAGGAAAUCCAGAAUUUGAAGAGCAAAACUGAUGAGGAGAUUCACCUCCACAUGGAGACUGAUAAUUUCCUCACACAACAGUAUGAGAAGGUGAAAGAGAAACUGGAGUACUGGAUGGAGAAGUAUAAAAAAGACACUGUUGCAAAAGAUGAAGAACUGGAUGAUCUAAGGGCAUUAAAGGCAGAGAACUUGGAAACGAUGCAGAGAUUUGCCAAGGAGUGCCUGAUGUUCCAGGCAACCAUCAUCAUUGACCGGACAGAAAAGGAGGACAAGAGAAAACAAAGAGAGCGGGAAGCCCUGGAGCUGAAGAGUGCUGUGAAGGUGCAGGCGUGGUGGAAAGGUACAAUGGUCCGCAGAUUCCUUGGCCGCUACAAGGAGCUUGAGAAGUAUUUGAAGGGACAGUUAGCAGAGAAACAAACAGGCAAGGAAAAAUCUGGAAAAAAGAAGUAAGAAAGUGGCCACAGAUAUGCUCCAGGACUGUUGCUGGGCAGGGCACUGUGGUAUGUCUGAAAGGACAAAAUAAACCAUUUAACAGAGCUUGGGCAAUUCUGGAGGACAUAGUUCCUGCAGACACAGUUAUGGUAAAGCUGCACUAAGAUCUUAAAGCUGCCCUUGUACAGCCUUUUUCCCAGCAGAAAGGGGAUUUGCAUCAAACCAGUGAGAAACACUAUAUCCCCUGAGAAGUCCUUUAUGGAACCAAGACAGUGGGAGGUAAUCCUGUUACCAGCCCAGUAACUCACCAGCAUGGGAUGCUCUGCACCCAGAACCGCCUCUGCUGCCCCCAAAGCACCGGCAGUGGCACCCCCAGCUGGGCUCCCUCUGUGCUCUCCACGCCUCCAGCGCUGGCAUCAGGUCAGCAGGGGAGAACACGAGCAGUUUGCAGUGUAAACACAAGUGCAGUCAGAGCACACAGGUUUCCAUUCCCACAGUCCUGCACAGUGUCAGUGCACAGACAGAACAGCUCCACAUACCUUCUGACCACCAAGGAAACAAAGGGAAAAGGCAGCCAGCCACGCUGCCUACAGGAGCUGGUCUGUCACAGCCAUUCCCUCCGCCACUACACAGCGGGAUGGGGCUGAAGGCAGGGAGCAGAGCUGCUUUUCAACCAGCAGGGAAUCCCUGCUCCUCACACCACUGUCCGUCCACAUGCAGGUCUGUGCACAAAGCCCUGUGGCUGAGCUGCCUGGUUUCUGACCCUCCCACGUGGGAGAUGAUCUCAAACCAGAGUCUGCUCUGCUCUGUGAUUAGCCCAUGCUGGCCCCAUCCAAACCUCCUUGUGUCCAACCUAACUGGGCCGAGAGCUCUGAAGUUCACAUGAGAUGGCUGAAAAAAUGAGCCGAGAGCCUGUGGCUCAGAACUCUGAACAGAAGGUGCUGGUGCCUUAUCAGGCAGACUUGGCUGUCAGGGGAGUGCUGAAGUUUCAGAUGUUCCAGACAAACUGCAUUAGAAGUGCCAGUGUUCCCACUGGAGCAUGGACACUUGUUUGAAACCUGAACAAAUUCCCAUUCCAGCACUGGUACUGAGCAAAUUCCCUUGCUUCCAACGCUUCUCAGGCAGUGCCAAGACCAGGGAUUGCUCCGUCUCAGUGCUGGUAGGAACAGAACCAGGACUGUGCUUACCCCACUGCAAGAAGUGCCUCAGUGCAAACCUGGGACUUAAGUUCCUCAUUUUAACUCUUCUUUUUCAUGUGCUGCUGACUCAGUACUCACCAGAGACUUGUGUUUUCUUUAUGUGAUGGGGGUGUUAACAGGUGACCUGCUUGGGUGGAAGGUUGAUCAUAAAACUCUCUAGAGGCUUUGAUCUAAGGAAAAGCAGGAUGAGAUGGAGGGCAGCAGAUCUCUGCUGUUUAUGUCAAACUCCAGGCACAUUUUAUUAAUGCAACCAAACAACUGAAAUCUUACACUGGGCCGCAGUUGCUUCUCAGCAGAGAAUGAAGUAGCUCUGGAAAGAAAGAGGAACAGAGUUUCCCCAUGGAGUGCUGAACGUCAUGUUCCCACGAGGCCACUGCAGGGUAGUGAUGGGGGCACAGCUGUGUAACCUGUGACCUGCCACACACUCUGGGCUGGGGGCUGUGGCCACAGUGCCACCCAUCCAGCUCAUCCCAGCUCGCUGCUCUCUGCGAGCCUCCCCUCGCUCCACGGAAACCGCAGUGGAGUUUGUGUCUGGGCAGAGCAGCUGCCAAGCAAACAGCCUGGCAGAGUCAAACCCAGCGCUUCUGAGGAACUGUGCCACAGUCACUAAUGCUGCAUUUUUCCAGCUGUGGAGAGAUGGGAUCAAAAUGUAAAAUUCCAUCCAUGGAAUUUUCUUCAGGGAAAUCAUAUGCCCUUUGGAGAGGGUUUUCUUGGGAAUUAAAUGCAGAAGAAAGGCUGGGGAUUGGGAAGCUGGUUAGGAGGAUGCUUUAGACUGAAGGGGAGAAAUAAAUACCUGAAGAGAGCUGGGCAGCCUUGAGAGAAUCAGGAAUGGAGCUGACAGAGUAACCAGGUCAGACAAGGAUGCUGGAGCAGCCUGGUGAGCAGGGAAGAGCAUCACAAGGGUAUCAAAAGCAGGGUGGGUUUGUUUAUCUCUGGCAAUUUUUAGGCUUUCCAUUUUUAUAUUUUAAAAAAUUAUUAAAACUAGUGAUGAGGAGGGAUGAAAAGAGGACUAAACAUUCUGGCUAAGAAUAAAACUUUCAUAUGCAGCACAGUCAGGAAGCAAGGGUGAGUUUUGCACUUCAAACCAAAGACAGACCAAAAGCAAAGGACAAGAACAAGGAGCAAUGGGACUGGAAGCAGAAAACCCCAACCAGAAUGUAUUUAAUUUAUACAGAGAAGGAAAAAACAAGGGGCUGUGUGGAGGGAUAAGCAAAGGAUUCUGUACAAAAUUGGUAUCUGUGAAGGUUAAAAAUACCCCCAAGAAACAGCUUCUGAUGUGGCUGGGAUUUUCCUGUCCUGGUUAACUAUGAAAAGUAGAAAAUCAAAGAAGGUCCAUCAAAUGCCAACUGGGAUGAUGUAGGAGGGAAAUAAACAGCUGACACAGAGGAUGUGACAUUUGUUGGUGCAACAGAAAAACAGUAGGAGAAAUACUGCAAUUCAUGUAAGUUUUAAAACUUUAUUUCAAAUACCCAAGGUUUCCUUUUAUAUUAUCAAUGUUCUAGAAGGUCACACUACUGGCAGAAUACAGGCAAUUUAAAAUAUACAAUAUUCAGACACAUUUAUAUGUAACAGAAAUUAUGGAAUGUAUUUACAGACAUACAGCAUGGGAUGAAGCUUUAAAAUCCUUUACUCUAUUACUUACACGUUUACACUG